AUGUCCUCCUCCAUCUUGCACCAGUGCCCGUUCUGCGGACAUGUCUCUGACAUUUCCCUUGCACUGGCUGCCUUUGUCGAGAACCCACACUGUAGCAAGUGCGGCCUGUCGGCGGCGGAAAGCAACCUGAAAAUGCAGAACGAGCUGGCCGAUUUGUUCAGCAAGCAGAUGAGCUUGAGCCAGUUCGGUUCAGAACAGUCCACAGGCCCCUCGGUGUCCCAGACUCCACCCAUAUCGUAUAGCGUCACCCAGCACUACCACCACUCGUCCCAUAUAGCUUCCCAACAUAAAGCAGGGGCUGCGGACAUUGAUGUGCUAUUGAAACAAAACGGCCUGCAGCCACAGUCCCUUUCGACCAGUCAACUGGAUCUGGUUAGACAUGCGAGCCCGGAGCAGCAGGAACGGUUGAUCCAAACGUGGAAACUAUACUCCCAGUUCGAACAGCAGCAAGCCAUCGCCGGACUAAACCCUUCUUCUACUCAGGACCUGGAGAUGUACGAUAGCAUGGAUGAUAGCAAGCAGUACGCCGAGCCGUACAUGAUAUCGGGCUAUGAGAUGCAUGCUUCAGAAACCGGCUCGAGGCACCUGCCCACAGAGCCUACGACAGGACAGCCAUACUCUCCGUCCAGGGACCCCGUGUAUCAAAGCCAGGAGUGGCGGAGGUCUGGAUUCGAGGGAAGUGGAUUUGCCUAG